AUAAAAGUAAAUAAAUCGGCAACUUGAAAGGCAUAUAGAGCAAAUCUCGCCAACAUCUCGUGAUAACUGAAUGAGAUCUUGUUUACCGGAAGUAACGUUUUCUCCGCACGCCAUUUUGUAUUCGAAAGCAAUUAUUCAUCGAGGUAAGGUAGAAUAAUGGAUGACACAGAGAAAGAUGGUAGUGACUCGGAUUGGGACAGUACCCUGGAUUUUACAUCACAGAGGCAUGUUGGUAUAGGACAGCUGAAACCUGGUAUAAACUUAGAAAUUGAAGAAGAGUCUGCAUUGUCUGAUGAAAGUGAUCUUGAUGUGGAAGAGAACUUGCCAAAUGAUAAGCAAGUCAUUAAAAAUGAUUUAAAGCCAACAGAGGACCGACCAAGAGCACCUUCACCUAACAUCAGUAACCGCAGUAAUCAGAAAGAAAACAAUAUUGUUCUUGCCCAGAAACAACAGAAUAUACAACAUAGGCAGUCACAGCCAGUGCAGAGAGUAGAACAGCCUGCCAAUCAGCAUGCACAAAAAGCAGAGACCCCGGAUCCUCCACCGUAUAACUUUAGAGAGGCUAUAUCUGACAGGAGACAAACCCCAGAGCCAGUAGAAAGGGGUCCACCAGGUAAAGACAAGAAAGGGACAGCAUAUGACCCGGCACCGAGUCCAACACCAAGGGGUAUACAGAAACAUCAAGGCAGCAUUAAAAGUAUAGGCUCGUGGGAUGAUUCAGAUCCUGAUGAACGGACUCUGCGGGAAGUUAGGUCAAAAUACAGGCAGGAGAAACAGCGAGAAGAGCAAAAAAUGAAAGAAGUACACGACCCAGGGGAACCAGAAAAUAAUAAUGAAGUAAUUGUUGAAGAAACAUCUGUUGCUGAGGAUGCACCUCAGACAGCUAGGUCAGAAACUACCUGGAGAAGCUGGAAGUUUGGCAAGAAAAACAAAGGGCCAAAGAAUAAUACUCAGUCACAGGCAUCUGCUGCCCAGGCAACACCAAGGACUCGCGAGCCUCCACAGCAAAGUUCAAGGUCACAGCCACAUGCUGCACAAGGAGGCACUGUCACACAGAGAGCAGAGGUGACCUCUCCAACCAUGGUUGAAGUAUAUGACCAAAGGUACAGUACAAGUCCACCAAUGCCACAGGUCCAGUAUGUUCCAUACCCCGCCACUGCAGUGGCUGCCCCUGCUGUGCAGAAAGAAGAAGAGCUCCUAGAGGACCCUCCUAGACUCUUUAUGAAAGAUGAAGACACUGGAAGAUAUGUGUACUACUUUGGACAUGGUAACCUACGGUAUUAUGAAGUAAAUGAAGAAUUUGAAGAGGCCAGUUUACCACCAGUUGCUGACAAGGUGGAUAGGGUAGUCCAGAGAGUGUGGCAAGAAAUAUUUGCAAUACUACGUAUAAUUCUAAGCAUUGUGAUCUGGUUUUUCGUUGAACUUUCCCGAUUUCUUGCCAAACAUAUCUUCCAGCCACUAAUUGUUGGAAUAUUUGUGACAUUGGGUGACUUUGUUGUGAAACCGUUUCUUUCAGCAAUGUUUAACGGCUUCGUCCAACCGGGGAGUAUAUUCUUUUGGAAUGUUUUUGUGGGAAUGCGACACAUGUUUUCACCAUUUGGAGAUAUACUGAGAAAAGUGCUUGAACAGUUUGCGAUGUUGUUCCGCUCGAUCAGGUUGUUCGACAUCACAUGGGUGUCAGGAAGAGACACAGUGCCACAUUUACAGCCACAUGUUAUGCAGACAGUGUGAACAGUGCAGCAGUCUCUCAAAAUAGAAAGGCAGCUGAUAGGAAAGUUCUUUACAUUGGACAUAUUUAGUGUCCCUUUUAUUUCGCAAUUCGAUAGACAAAAAGAAACCAGUCGUAUUCAUAAUGUUUAGAAUUUACAGUUUGCAACUGAUUAAAUAGAGGUAGGUAAUGUAGCUUGAUGUUCACAACUGUUAUCUAGAGUCACUCAGUUUGCAAAUAUAGGCUGAAAUGAACCAUUUGGAAUAUUAUCUGUUCUGCAGUUAUGAGAAUUGUUAAGAAUGUGCAAAGGUUGUGCUUAAAGUAGAAAUAUUUUUGCUUUCAAUUGUAGAGAAUCUAUAUUUAUUGUUUUACAAAGUUAUUUAUUUUGACCAAUAAUUUGAUGUCAGAUUAUUGUUAGUUGUGAUAGUAAAUUAAGAUCUCCCAGUAUAAAUAUAGAGCAUGGUUACAUGAGCCGUGCCAUGGGAAAACCAACAUAGUGGGUAUGCGACCAGCAUGGAUCCAGACCAGCCUGCGCAUCCGCGCAGUCUGGUCAGGCUCCAUGCUGUUCGCUUUUAAAGCCUAUUGGAAUUGGAGAAACUAUUAGCGAACAGCAUGGAUCCUGACCAGACUGCGCGGAUGCGCAGUCUGGUCUGGAUCCAUGCUGGUCGCAUACCCACUAUGUUGGUUUUCUCAUGGCAAGGCUCACAUUAUUGCUUUAGAUUAUGUUGUGCUGAGAGUUAUUUCAAGUUUACUGGUUGUUUAUUAUGUAUUUACUCAGUUGCCAAUCUGAUUUUAAUGUCAUAGUAAAUAGUUGAGAUCAGAAAUAGUAAGGGAUUAGAUCACUGGCUUCAGUAUAUCCUGUGUGGGGAAAAUAUUUGCCAUUGACUGUUCCAGGGCUGUUUAAGUGAAAUUAUUAGUUGUAGUAGAUAUCAGUUAGCAUUAGAUAAUCUGUGAGUGCCUUUGGAUAAUGCAUGUAACUUUACAGUGCAAUUAAAUGAAUUCCAAAUAAACAUUUUGAAUUUGCACAUAAGGGAUAGGUUAAGAAGCAAGGUUCGUAGUAAUAUACAGCUAGGCCAGGCCUUUAAUGGCAUAUACAUAUCAACCAAAAAUUAAUUCACAAAAAUCCACUCUUGAGAGUAUUGUACUACUUUAAUUCUUACAACUUCAUUUUUAUCCACAUACACAAUCAAGAAUCACUAAAUUUUACUAAUUAAUUCAGGGGAAAAUACUGUCUGGAAAUUGCUUGUCAGAUGAAUGAAGAUGUCAUGUGCUGUAAACACCCCUUUGUUAAAGAUUUGGUGCUUUUAAAAUAGAGUAUGAUACAAGUAUAAAGUUUCUUGACUUGUGUGAAGUUGCAUGACUGGAUAUGGUGAUGUUAUUAUUACUUAUGUUAUCAAAUUAUUGUUCUAUCUGCAAAUUUUGUUCCUGUUUUAUAUUGUUAAGAAGGUCAGUAGGAGAUGAUAUUCUCUCUUAAGUGUAUAAUAGUAGAUUUAAGCUGUACUGAAUUUGUGAUAUAUAUCUUUAGUAGGAAUACAACAGUUCAGAAUGUGUUUAUUGGUACUUGUUAUUUCUAUUAAUAUGUUAUUUCUAUUUCUACUAUUUUGUUAUGUCUCUGAUAUUAUUUCUGUUAUGUUACUUCUGUUACAUUUUAUCUGAUAUAUUCCUGCCUCUGUUCCAUUUAUAGAUAAUCAAUUUUUCUUGUGUUUUUACGAAAAUUUUAAUUAUUGUUUUUAAUCACUUAUUUUCAAUCACAGAGAUUAUAUUGAUUUUUUAGUCCUUGUUAAUCAAAAUUUUACAAUUAUUUUAUAUCUUAUAUAAUUAUUUAAUGAAAUUUGCUCAUAUUGAUCAAAAGUAGCUGUUUAGUAGCUAGAACAAACCUAAUUGGCAUUUACAGUAUAUUGUGAAAUCAUUAAUAUUCAUGAGGGACUACUUUUCUUGGUUGCUUCAAUCCACAAAAUUAAAUCCCCAUGAACCAAUGAAAAAUCUUACAGUCCACAAAUUUAUAUCCUCACGAAAUAGCCCUUUUGCCCAAACCACAAAAUUUUGUUCCUCCAAAAUUAAUGAUUUCACAGUAUUAGAGAUAAUUAAGGAAUAAAAGAUGACUUAAAUUUUAGUUUUUGCUAGAAUGUAGAUUUUCCUUGUACAUCUAGGUCCGUUUUUUCUGUAAGUAUUUGUCCAAGUUUGUGGAUCAAACUAUUGUGCAACCGCUAUACAGUAAACAUGACUGGGAAGACAAAGUAGUGGUUGUUGUUCUCAGGCUGAUAAGUCUCAAGAGGUUGAUUAAGUAUGAAGUUAGAAAUUGGAAAGAAAACACUGUUGAAUCGUUAUGAUGUGAAUUAGAAGGGACCAAGUGCUUUAUUUACAGAUAACGGAAUUGGACAUGAAGAUGAUAAAUUUUGCUUGUGUUUUUGGCGCAGUACUCAAAAGUUCCUCAAAGUAGCCAGAAUUUAUAAAUAAGUGAGUUGAAGGUACCGAGUUUCAAUUGUAUACGUCUUUAUAGAGAGGUGUCCUUUUGGAAGUGUCAUUAAUGGGAGGGGUUGCUAACAACAGGUGUCGUUAAUGGGAGGAGUCAUUAACCGAUUUAUGAUUCAGUCUAGAUGUCAAGUUUUCAUACAAUUUUAAAUGCUUGGAUUGAGUACAAUUAAACUUUGCGUAAAUGUUUAAAAAUGGGAAAACGCAGUUAGAAAUUUAAAUAUUAAGAUAUUGUACUGUGUAAAUUUGCAGAAGUUGUGAACUUAGAAUCAUACAUUAUUUCAUUCUAUUACUAUUUCUUGUAUUAUUGAAACUGUUUCUAAUCUUGGUUACAGAAUUUGAGCUCAGAAAGUUCUUACUACCACUGUUAAAGACAGUGGCCUUGGUUCAUUUGCACUACCUAACUUAACAAUUGCAAUUUCUGUCAGCUUUGACAUUCCUUUCUUUGCAGUGCUCAUGUUGUCCUUUUGCAUUUCUACUGUUGUGUUAGCCUUUACCCUGCUAAAUUUCUAUAAUGAACUUGUCCAUCUUUCAAUUUGGACAGUACCAUUAACUGUUAAAAGGGGUGCUUUACAAAAAGAUACUGACUGAAUGGCAAACAAUGCAGAUGAUCUACACUGGCCGCAAAGGCAGAAACAAUCAUGUCCAGCAUGAUAAGGGUUAAGUUUGAAAACUUCAAAUGUAUAAAUAUUACCUUGCUAGACAUGCAAUAUAGUUAAUAAACAUUGGAUUGCAGGUUUAACCUUUAGCUUGCAGGUGGCAGGUGAUUUUGACUUUGAACCAGUGCAGACCAUGCUCGCCUGCAAGUCCUUGCAAGCUGAUCAUGGUCUGCAUUGUUCUCUGUUUCAGUCAGUAAAUUUUCAAUGAACACCACUUUGAUAAACAAGUGGUACUGCCCAAAUUGAAUGAUGGACCAAUUCAUUUUAGAGAUUUAGCUGGAUAAAGUUGAAGACCUUAUUUAUUUAGGAUACUUGUCAGCAAGUUCUUAUAUUAGUAGAAAAUGAAACAACAAAUGAGCCGUGCCAUGGGAAAACCAACAUAGUGGCUUUGCGACCAGCAUGGAUCCAGACCAGCCUGCGCAUCUGCGCAGUCUGGUCAGGCUCCAUGCUGUUCGCUUUUAAAGCCUACUGGAAUUGGAGAAACUGUUAGCGAACAGCAUGGAUCCUGACCAGACUGCGCGGAUGCGCAGGCUGGUCUGGAUCAAUGCUGGUCGCAAACCCACAAUGUUGGUUUUCUCAUGGCACGGCUCAAAUAUUAAUUCAUUUUUUGUCAUCCAAAUAGCAAAAUGGAUUUCCUUGUGCAAUGCCCGUGCAAUUUGUGUUAUCCAGUAUAUUACUGGAUGUGUGGCAGCCUUAUGUUUUGGUCAUUCAAGAGAGUUUUUAAUGCCUCUAAAUAUUUAUCAAUGUUGUUAAGUCCGUCCAAAUUUUUUAUUCAGACCUUUGUUUAUACAUGCAAUUGACUGUAUAUUUGUGAUUGAAGGCCUAUAUGGGACUAUUGUCUUUGUAGUUUAUGUGUUUACAUAUAUAUUGUUACGUAAAUGAAAUAUUUACACUUGUACUAUUGUUGCAUGUCCAUAAAUUUAUAAUUUACAUGCAUCUUGUUAGUUAUUUAUUAGAAAUAAAUGAAGGUAAUCACAAACAA